AUGGCAGAAGAGGGCUUCUUUGUCAACAAACGCAACCAGAGGAUCUUUACGCGUGCAUGGCUCCCGCCCGCCCUUGAAAAGACAAAGGCGCUGGUGUUCCUGUUCCAUGGCCUGGGCGAGCACAGCGGGCGCUACAACCACGUCGCAGCUGCCUUCAACGCUCGCAACUACGCCGUCUUUGCUCUCGACCACCAUGGCCACGGCAAGUCAGACGGUGCGCCGAUAUUUGUGGAGCGGUUCGAGGACUUCGUAGAGGAUGCCCUGCUCUUCAUCGACGUCGCAUUCCAUGGGCGGGGCGAUCGCGGCGCUCACGGCCAAGCAACGCCCGAAGGCGUGGGCCGGCGUGGUGCCGCCAUCAAGAGGGGCGCCGACGUCAACGCGCUCACUGUGCACGCCGCCAGAUUCCUCUCGUGGGCGACGCCAACGCUGGGCGUGAAGCGCAUCGACCCCAGCACGCUGUCCACCGACCCGGCCCAGGUCAAGGCCUACGAGGAGGAUCCGCUGGUGUACCACGGCCCUGUCACCGCUCGCAUGGGUCAUGAACUGCUCAAGGCCGCGGACACCAUCGAGAACGAUUUCUCGGGCUUCACGUUCCCGUUCCUGGCGUGCCACGCGCUCGACGACAAGCUGACGCACCCCGACGGCUCCAAGGAGCUCUACGAGCGGGCGCCCUCGCCGGUCAAGGACCUCAUCCUCUACGGCGGCAUGCGACACGAGAUCUUCAACGAGCGGGACGGGGCGCGCGUCAUCGCCGACGUUCUGCGCUGGGUUGAGAAGCGAUACGCCGCCGUUGGUCAUUCCCGCGAACAUGGACGCGUCAUCUCUGCCCUCUAA